AUGCCUUUAUCGCCAGGGAUCCAGGACUUUACCCGCAAUCUUGGGAGUAACUGGGGACCGUCUGUGAAUGCUACUUGUGAGCAAUUCUUCGACUCUUGCCACGCAUCCCUUGCGCAAGACCCUGGCCCGUCGAUAGCAUGUGAGAAAAACGUCAAGUACGGAACGCAUGAGAGACAUCGCUUGGAUAUCUACUGGCCCCCUACUACUAUCACCGAACAGCCGAAACGCCCCGUCGUUGUCUACUUCCACGGCGGAGGGUUCAAGAUUGGCGACAAUAUGAUCACGCCACAUCUACACGCAAAUAUUGGCCGAUUUUUCGCGGCGAACGGGAUGGUCGGAAUCCUAGGGACAUAUCGUCUGCUGCCCGAGGCAAGGUUUCCGGAUGGGAUAGAAGACAUCGCGACCACUCUGGCCUGGAUCCAGACCCACGUUCAUCGGUACACAGGCGAUCGGGACGCCGUCUUCCUGCUUGGCCAUAGCGCCGGGGGAGGGCAUCUGGCCAUGGCGCUGUUUUCGGGUCGGUUGCAACCAUACCUGACCCUUCAGUCGCACUUGGAGCGUGGCACGGGACCGCGUGGGGUGCUGCUCAUGAGCGCGGCACUGGCUUAUGAUUUGACGCAGGAGCCGCGAAGAACGGACAUGGAGGAGUACUAUGGCACUCUCGAUCAUGAGGAGAUCCAGGUACGGUCAGCCCUAGGGAUGUUCCGGAACUUGCCUACAGUGAGGAGGGGUGAGACAAGCCUGCCGGAGGUGUUCGUCACCGUGGCGGAAUGGGACUUCGAGGAAUGUGUGCGGGGGAAUCUGAAGUUCUUGGAGGCAUAUGCCAUGCGAACGAAACGCCUCCCCCGGUUCGAGGUGUUGCCGGGACACAAUCAUGUGAGUUUCUGCUUGUCGAUAGGGCUGCCAGGUGACGAGGUUGGGCCGAGGAUUGUGGAGUGGGUGAGACAAUGUCUCGAAUAA